GAAAGUGUAUCGUGAUUUUGCAUCUUCAGUCGUCCAGCUUGACGAAAAGAGUGCUUCUGCUUUUUCUGCUGAAACAUGGCGAUGAUGAUUGUGAAAUUCCAAUGCGACGAUGGAGAGAUCUUCCGUCGGCCCCUUCCAAAAGAGCCAAGCUUCGACGCCGUCGUUGAGGUGAUUGCUGCCUGCCGUCCCGAAGUCGACGCUGAUGCACCCAGCAAGGGCUUCCUGAAGUAUGUGGACGACGAAGGAGAUUUGUGCACACUCACCCCAGAGACUUUUCCCGAUUUGUUGGACUUGCAGAAACGAAUCAACGGCAAAGUGCUGAAGUUGAAGUUGACAGUGCCCAAAUCCUCCAAGCCUGCGGCACAGCAUGGAAUUGAUGCCGCUCUUGAUCUGCAGUCGGAAGACAGGACUGCAGCUCCGGCCCCAAGCACAGCUACUGUGGACACUGCCCAGCCUCCGGUUUCAAUGCCCGAUCAGAAGGAGGACCCCUUCCCUUGGCUUUGGAAAGGAAAGGCCAAAGGAAAGGCCAAAGGAAAGGGCAAGAAAGGCAAACACAUGAAGGGCCACAGCCAAAGCGCAAUUCCUGAAAGCCAAGCAGAAGAAAGUGCCCAUGGGUCGCCUCCCAACAACCAGUGUCAGGAGCCCUCUGCCAGCUCGAUGAAGCAGGAGACUUGUGGCAAUGCAGCUGGCCCGGGAGUUUGCGGACAUCGCGGUGGUGCAUGGAGACUCUUGUGUACACUGCGUGUGCUUCUGGAAGUGGGACUGCUGACACCGACACUCUUUGCCUCCUUGGCAGUGCACUGGCUUCCGUUCCUGAUCAAGCGCGUAGCUGCGAAGGUCGAUAAGAUCAACCGAAUGGCCGCAGAAGGUCUUGACCCAACACUGGAAAAGAUGCUGAAGAUCAUCCAGGAACAGGCUGCAGCCACUCCGGGACUGGAGCAGCAUUCCACCGCGCUUGCUCAGGCAUUGAAUGCCAACACUGCCAAGAGGCACCUGGGUGAAGCCCUGCUUGAACUGCUGCAAGCCCUGAAUGGACUUGACGUCGAGGUGCAGACCCAGUUCUGCGAAAGCUUGGCUUCUGCUUUGCUGCCCUGUUUGGAGGACGAGCUAUCGUUUCUGAGCAAGUACAUUCAGGUGCUGCUGCAAACCCUGGCGCUCCAUGGCGAUUCUUGUGCACAUUGCACACUCUUCCGGCACCUUGCCUUGAGCAUUCUGCCGAAGUGUAACGACUGUAACGACCUAGGAAGUGGGACUGCUGACACCUACACUCUUUGCCUCCUUGGCAGUGUCUUGCUGAUCAACCGAAUGGCCGCAGAAGGUCUUGACCCAACACUGGAAAAGAUGCUAAAGAUCAUCCAGGAACAGGCUGCAGCCACUCCGGGACUGGAGCAGCAUUCCACCGCGCUUGCUCAGGCAUUGAGUGCCAACACUGGCGAGAGGCUGGAAGAGAAGGGUGACCCACCAUGUCUCUGGCUCACCACACUGGGCUCUAGGCACCUGGGUGAAGCCCUGCUUGAACUGCUGCAAGCCCUGAACGGACUUGACGUCGAGGUGCAGACCCAGUUCUGCGAAAGCUUGGCUUCUGCUUUGCUGCCCUGUUUGGAGGACGAGCCGCACUGUUGGUGGAAAACGUGGAAAGGCAAAGGCUGCGGAAAGGGCAAGAAAGGCAAACACAUGUGGAAGGGAUGCCACUUCCCCGAUCCGAGCCAAGCUGAGCCCGCUGCAGCUGAGGAGUCAGGAACCCUGGAACUUCAGUCAACUUCUAGGGAUAUCAACAGCCUGUAG